AUGGGACUAGAAGAGCAACCGCUUGAGAUCUUAUCGAAACAUCCGGAAAUCAAAUCCCUCAUGGGUUCCGAUCCCCGUGUGGCCUGUUUCAUCACAAUUGAAGUCGUUAUUCAAUUGAUUAUGGCCACACUGGUUUCAAUCUAUCAGCCCGGUUGGUUCACUUGGCUACUGUUGACCUACUUUGUGAGCGGCACAAUCAAUCACUCCUUGGGCUGUGCAAUUCACGAAGUUGGACACAAUUUGGCUUUUGGACACAAAUACGGAACAGCCAAUCGGAUUCUCUCGUUAUUUUGUAACCUUCCAAUGAUGGUACCCUUGGCUAUUUCGUAUAAGAAGUAUCACCAGGAUCAUCAUCGUUGGCUCGGACAUGAAGACGCAGAUGCUGAUAUGCCACUGAGAAUAGAGGCUCGACUUUUCUCCACACCAUUCACACGUUUGAUAUGGUUAUUCCUUCAUCCAUUAAUCUACGCUUUCCGUCCAUUCAUCAAAGCUCCACGACCAAUCACCGUGUGGGAAAUCAUCAAUUUCAUUGUUCAGAUCACAUUCGAUCUGGUUCUACUUCGUGCGUUGGGAUUUUGGGCGUUCGCCUAUCUGAUCCUCGGGACAUUGCUCGGCCUUGGGCCGCAUCCGAUGACCGGACACUUUAUCAGUGAGCACUAUCUGUUUGCCGAUCAACAGGCCACACAUUCGUACUACGGAUUUUGGAAUCCGUUAAUCUACAAUUUGGGUUAUCACGUGGAACAUCAUGAUUUUCCCUAUAUCCCGUUCACCAGAUUGCCCAAACUAAAAGAAAUGGCCCCGGAAUUCUAUGCACACUUGCCGUAUCACAAAUCGUUAUGCCGUGUUAUUUACGAUUUCCUGUUUUUCCCGGAAAAUGGACCACAAGCACACUGUGUCAACUCGGAAGAUCUGUCCCGUCCGGAAUUGUACAAAAAUGUUCCCAAAGGUUUCAUUUCGGACUACUAUGAGAGAAAAGAUGCAGAGAAGAAAAACGCCCAAGCGAAUGGAUUAAAAUAG